GAGCGCGCCGCGGUCGCAGUAUCCGGAGGGUCGUUCCGCGCUGUGUCCACACCCUCGUCGCCCGUCGCUCGCUGCGUGCCAGACCGGGUGGCGGGUGGCGGGGCUGGCGAUCGCGGCUCGGAGGCUGGGCCCUCCUCCCCCGGGGUGAUUGCAGCGCAGAAGGUGGCAAUGCGGAAGUUUCCAGCCCCGACUGACAGAUGAGGCUCGCGUCCGGCUCGGCAUGCGCUGCAGCGGCUGUGCGGCGCGGCGGGUCCCCACUGUCCGCCCCGCAGGACCCUAGAGGCCGCCGAGGCGCGGGCGCGCCAUGGCCACGCUGCCGAGCGCAGAGCGCCGCGCCUUCGCGCUGAAGAUCAACAGGUACUCUUCAGCAGAAAUAAGGAAACAGUUCACCCUCCCACCAAACCUUGGCCAGUACCAGCGGCAGAGCAUAAGUACCUCUGGCUUCCCCUCUCUUCAACUACCUCAGUUUUAUGACCCUGUGGAACCGGUGGACUUUGAAGGACUUCUGAUGACACACCUGAACAGCCUGGAUGUGGAGCUGGCGCAGGAGCUGGGAGACUUCACCGAUGACGACUUGGACGUGGUGUUCACGCCAAAGGAAUGUAGGACUUUGCAGCCCUCUUUGCCGGAGGAAGGGGUUGAACUGGACCCCCAUGUCAGGGACUGUGUUCAGACCUAUAUUCGGGAGUGGCUAAUCGUGAACCGGAAAAACCAAGGAAGUCUGGAGAUUUGCAGCUUUAAAAAGACUGGAUCUCGAAAAGAUUUUCACAAGACGCUUCAAAAACAGACGUUUGAGUCAGAAACUUCGGAGUGCAAUGAACCCACCGCUCAGCCAGGCCCCCGCCGCUUAAACGUGCUUUGCGACGUGUCUGGAAAAGGCCCCCUCACCGCCUGUGGCUUCGACCUCCGCAGCCUGCAGCCCGACCAGCAGCUGGAAAACCUCCUGCAACACGUGAGUGCCGAGGACUUCGAGAGGCAGAAUGAGGAGGCCCGCAGGAGCAAUCGGCCGGCCGAGCUCUUUGCCCUUUACCCGGCAGUGGACGAGGAGGAUGCUGUAGAAAUACGUCCAGUACCAGAAUGUCCUAAGGAACAUCUGGGCAACAGAAUAUUGGUCAAGUUGCUAAGCCUGAAGUUUGAGAUUGAAAUUGAGCCUCUGUUUGCCAGCAUUGCCCUCUACGAUGUCAAAGAAAGGAAAAAGAUCUCAGAAAAUUUUCACUGUGACCUGAACUCUGACCAGUUCAAAGGAUUCCUGCGAGCUCACACACCUUCAGUUGCCACAUCAAGUCAGGCAAGAUCUGCGGUCUUCUCAGUCACCUACCAGUCCUCAGACAUCUACCUAGUGGUCAAGAUUGAAAAAGUCCUUCAGCAGGGAGAGAUUGGAGACUGUGCAGAACCCUACAUGGUUAUCAGAGAAAGUGAUGGUGGAAAGAGUAAAGAAAAGGUUGAAAAACUGAAACUUCAAGCUGAAUCUUUCUGCCAACGGUUGGGAAAAUACCGGAUGCCCUUUGCCUGGGCUCCCAUUAGCUUAUCAAACUUCUUCAAUGUCUCUACCCUUGACAGGGAGGUAACUGAUGUGGAGCCCAUGGUUGGGAGAAGCUCCGUGGGUGAGCGGAGGACUUUGUCCCAGUCUAGGAGACUUUCUGAACGAGCCCUCUCUUUGGAGGAAAAUGGGGUUGGAUCCAACUUCAAAACCAUCACCCUGACCAUUAACAGCUUUUUCAAGCAGGAGGGAGAUCGCCUUAGUGAUGAAGACUUAUUCAAGUUUCUAGCUGACUACAAACGAUCUUCAUCCUUACAGAGAAGAGUCAAGUCAAUUCCGGGCUUGCUCAGACUGGAGAUUUCUUCAGCUCCAGAGAUAAUCAAUUGCUGUCUGACUCCUGAAAUGCUGCCUGUGAGUCCCUUUCCUGAAAACCGGACACGUCCUCACAAAGAGAUUUUGGAAUUUCCAAUCCGAGAGGUAUACGUCCCUCAUACUGUGUACAGAAAUCUUCUCUAUGUCUACCCACAGAGGCUGAACUUUGCUAACAAACUAGCAUCUGCCCGGAACAUUACAAUAAAGAUCCAGUUUAUGUGUGGAGAAGAUGCUAGCAGCGCCAUGCCGGUUAUCUUUGGAAAGUCCAAUGGGCCUGAAUUUCUGCAGGAAGUGUACACAGCCAUUACAUACCAUAACAAGUCUCCUGACUUUUAUGAAGAAGUGAAAAUUAAGCUCCCUGCUAAGCUCACAGUAAAUCACCACCUCCUGUUCACCUUCUAUCAUAUCAGCUGCCAGCAGAAGCAAGGAGCCUCUGUAGAAAGCCUCCUGGGAUAUUCAUGGCUGCCAAUUCUCUUAAAUGAACGUCUUCAAACUGGAUCCUACUGUCUCCCAGUUGCCUUGGAAAAACUGCCACCCAACUACUCCAUGCAUUCCGCUGAGAAAGUUCCUUUACAGAAUCCUCCCAUUAAGUGGGCUGAAGGACAUAAGGGAGUAUUUAAUAUUGAAGUGCAAGCUGUUUCUUCUGUUCACACCCAGGACAACCACCUGGAGAAGUUCUUCACCCUCUGCCACUCCCUGGAGAGCCAGGUGACCUUCCCCAUCCGUGUGCUGGACCAGAAGAUCAGUGAGACGGCGCUGGAGCAUGAGCUGAAACUCAGCAUCAUCUGCCUGAACUCCUCCCGCCUGGAGCCCCUGGUGCUUUUCCUGCACCUGGUGCUGGACAAGCUCUUCCAGCUGUCCGUGCAGCCCAUGGUCAUUGCUGGCCAGACAGCCAACUUCUCCCAGUUUGCGUUCGAGUCCGUGGUGGCCAUCGCCAACAGCCUGCACAACAGCAAAGACCUGAGCAAGGACCAGCAUGGCAGGAACUGCCUGCUGGCCUCCUAUGUGCACUACGUCUUCCGCCUGCCGGAGCCGCAAAGGGACCUGCCCAAGUCAGGCACUACCCCUGCCCUCCCCGACCCUCGCUACCACACGUAUGGACGCACGUCUGCUGCUGCUGUGAGCACGAAGCUGAUGCAGGCCCGUGUGAUGAGCAGCAGUAACCCAGACCUGGCGGGGACCCACUCUGCAGCAGACGAGGAGGUGACGAACAUCAUGUCCUCCAAGGUGGCUGAUCGCAACUGUGUCCGUAUGUCUUAUUAUUGCUCAGGCAAUAAUGAUACUCCAAAUUCUACUGCAGCCCCAAGGCCAGCCAGCAAAAAGCAUUUCCACGAGGAGCUUUCCCUGCAGAUGGUGGUCAGCACUGGAAUGGUGAGAGAAACAGUCUUCAAGUACGCCUGGUUCUUCUUUGAGCUUCUGGUGAAAAGCAUGGCCCAGUAUGUACAUAACAUGGACAAACGGGACAGUUUUCGGAGGACCCGUUUUUCAGAUCGUUUCAAAGAUGACAUAACUACUAUUGUUAAUGUGGUCACCUCAGAGAUUGCAGCCCUUUUAGUAAAACCUCAAAAGGAAAAUGAACAGGCAGAAAAGAUCAACAUCAGCCUGGCUUUCUUCUUGUAUGAUCUUCUCUCGCUCAUGGAUCGUGGCUUUGUGUUUAACCUCAUCAAGCAUUAUUGCAACCAGCUGUCAGCCAAGCUCAAUAACCUUCCAACGCUCAUUUCCAUGAGGCUAGAGUUCCUGAGAAUCCUGUGCAGCCAUGAACAUUACCUCAAUCUGAACCUCUUCUUUAUGAAUGCUGAUACUGCUCCGACAUCUCCUUGUCCCUCCAUAUCUUCCCAGAACUCAAGCUCCUGCUCCAGUUUCCAGGACCAGAAGAUCGCCAGCAUGUUUGAUCUGACCCCAGAGUACCGGCAGCAGCACUUUCUCACUGGGCUCCUCUUCACAGAACUGGCCGCUGCCCUGGAUGCCGAGGGGGAAGGAAUCAGCAAAGUGCAAAGGAAAGCUGUCAGUGCCAUCCACAGCCUGCUAAGUUCUCAUGACCUGGACCCACGUUGUGUCAAACCAGAGGUGAAAGUCAAAAUUGCUGCCCUUUACCUGCCUUUGGUUGGCAUCAUUUUGGAUGCUUUGCCACAGCUCUAUGACUUUACAGCUGCAGAAGCCCGCAGUGGGAAAAGCCGCACCAAUGGCUCAGAUGAAGAACAGGACGGGGCCAGUGCAAUUAACCAGAGUGUGGCCCUGGCCAUAGCUGGGAACCAUUUUAAUUUGAAGACAAGUGGAACAAUGCUAUCUUCCUUGCCCUACAAGCAGUACAACAUGCUGAACGCCGACACCACCCGCAACCUCAUGAUCUGCUUCCUCUGGAUCAUGAAAAAUGCUGAUCAGAGCCUCAUUAGGAAAUGGAUUGCUGACCUGCCAUCAAUGCAACUGAACAGGAUUUUAGAUCUGCUUUUCAUCUGUGUCUCAUGUUUUGAAUACAAGGGCAAACAGAGCUCUGACAAAGUCAGCACCCAAGUUCUGCAGAAGUCUAGGGAUGUCAAGGCCAAGCUAGAAGAAGCUUUGCUCCGUGGGGAAGGGGCCAGAGGGGAGAUGAUGCGCCGCUGCCGGACUCCAGGGAAUGACCGAUUUCCAGGCCUAAAUGAAAAUUUGAGAUGGAAGAAAGAGCAGACACAGUGGCGGCAAGCUAAUGAGAAGCUAGAUAAAACAAAGGCCGAGUUAGACCAAGAAGCCUUGAUCAGUGGCAAUCUGGCUACAGAAGCAAAUUUAAUCAUCCUGGAUAUGCAGGAAAACAUUAUCCAGGCGAGCUCGGCUCUGGACUGUAAAGACAGCCUGCUGGGAGGUGUUCUGAGGGUGUUGGUGAAUUCUCUGAGCUGUGACCAGAGUACCACCUACCUGACUCACUGCUUCGCCACACUCCGGGCUCUCAUUGCCAAGUUCGGAGACUUGCUGUUCGAGGAGGAGGUGGAACAAUGCGCAGACCUGUGUCAGCGAGUGCUGCACCAUUGCAGCAGCAGCAUAGACAUCACCCGGAGCCAAGCCUGUGCCACCCUCUACCUCCUCAUGAGGUUCAGUUUUGGCGCCACCAGUAACUUUGCAAGAGUAAAGAUGCAAGUAACCAUGUCUCUGGCAUCUUUGGUGGGCAAAGCACCAGACUUUAAUGAGGAGUAUCUGAGAAGAUCCUUGAGGACGAUUUUGGCCUAUUCAGAAGAGGACACGGCCAUGCAGUCAACUCCUUUUCCCACUCAGGUGGAAGAACUUCUCCGCAAUCUGAAUAGCAUCUUAUAUGACACGGUGAAAAUGAGGGAAUUUCAGGAAGAUCCUGAGAUGCUUAUGGAUCUCAUGUACAGAAUUGCCAAGAGUUACCAGACAUCUCCUGAUCUGCGCCUGACCUGGCUCCAGAACAUGGCGGAGAAACACACCAAGAGGAAGUGCUACACAGAGGCCGCCAUGUGCCUGGUGCAUGCAGCCGCAUUAGUGGCCGAGUAUCUGAGCAUGCUGGAGGACCACAGCUACCUGCCAGUGGGCAGCGUCAGCUUUCAGAAUAUUUCUUCCAACGUGCUGGAGGAGUCUGCGGUCUCUGACGACACCCUGUCUCCUGACGAAGACGGGGUGUGCUCGGGCCGGUACUUCACGGAGAGCGGGCUGGUGGGCCUGCUGGAGCAGGCGGCCGAGCUCUUCUGCACGGGAGGAUUGUAUGAGACAGUUAACGAGGUUUACAAGCUGGUCAUCCCCAUCCUGGAAGCGCAUCGAGACUUCCGGAAGCUGACCUCCACUCACGACAAGCUGCAGAAGGCCUUUGACAGCAUCAUUAACAAGGAUCAUAAGAGAAUGUUUGGAACCUACUUCCGAGUUGGUUUCUAUGGAUCCAAAUUUGGGGAUUUGGAUGAGCAGGAAUUUGUUUACAAAGAGCCUGCAAUUACCAAACUUCCCGAGAUCUCGCAUAGACUAGAGGGAUUUUAUGGUCAGUGUUUUGGUGCAGAAUUUGUGGAAGUGAUAAAAGACUCCACUCCUGUGGACAAAACCAAGUUGGAUCCUAAUAAGGUCUACAUACAGAUCACUUUUGUGGAGCCCUACUUUGAUGAGUAUGAGAUGAAAGACAGGGUAACCCACUUUGAGAAGAAUUUCAACCUUCGGAGGUUCAUGUACACCACGCCCUUCACGCUGGAGGGGCGGCCGCGGGGCGAGCUACACGAGCAGUACCGGAGGAACACGGUGCUGACCACCAUGCACGCCUUCCCCUACAUCAAGACCAGGAUCAGCGUCAUCCAGAAGGAGGAGUUUGUUUUGACACCGAUUGAAGUUGCCAUUGAAGACAUGAAGAAGAAGACCCUGCAAUUAGCAGUUGCCAUUAACCAGGAGCCCCCUGAUGCAAAGAUGCUUCAAAUGGUGCUGCAGGGCUCUGUAGGAGCCACUGUAAACCAGGGACCACUGGAAGUAGCCCAAGUGUUCUUGGCUGAAAUUCCAGCUGACCCCAAACUCUAUCGACAUCACAACAAAUUGAGGUUAUGCUUUAAGGAAUUCAUAAUGAGAUGUGGUGAGGCCGUAGAGAAAAAUAAGCGUCUCAUCACCGCAGACCAGAGGGAGUAUCAGCAGGAACUCAAAAAGAAUUAUAACAAGUUGAAAGAGAACCUUAGGCCAAUGAUUGAACGGAAAAUUCCAGAACUCUACAAGCCGAUAUUCAGAGUCGAGAGUCAAAAGAGGGACUCCUUCCACAGAUCUAGUUUCAGGAAAUGUGAAACCCAGUUGUCACAGGGCAGCUAAGAAAAGCUGUCUUCACUCACAGAGACUGAGGCCCUGCGACCCUGGAGAAGGACUCGAUGGUACUUGAAACAGGGCAUUUGCCAUGCAGGACCCACAGCACUCUCCCCUGACCAGCCAGCACUCUGGAAGCUUUGGAAUUAAGGGACCAUGGAAAUACACCCAAAGGGAC